AUGUUUGUAUUGACACGCAUCUCGGACGUAAUUCCAGUGGCACCAGAGCUAUUUGAUGCCGACUAUACACAGGUUUUGAUUGAGGAAAUCGAUCGUAAGUAUGCAAACAAAGUCAUUGCAGAUGUAGGACUUUGUAUCACGCUCUAUGACUUUGUAAGCAUUGGCGACGCGUUCAUACACCCGUCCGACGGCACGUCACAUUCUCAGGUGGAAUUCCGUAUGGUCGUGUUUCGACCAUUCGUAGGAGAAGUGCUCAAGGGCCGUAUUGUUAGCUGUACGGAGGAGCAUAUUCGUGUAUCUAUGGACUUUGUACAGGAUAUUAUCAUUCCGUCCUAUGCACUGCAGACGCCGUCGUACUUUGACACAGCAGAAAGACUAUGGGUAUGGAAGUAUUCGGAAGGACAAGAGAAAUUCUAUAUGGACUUGCACGAGGAGAUUCGCUUUCGCGUGACGAAUAUUAACUUCACGCGUGUGACCAAGACCGCAAAAGGUAUUCAAGCCACGACGACAGAAGCGACGGAGAAGGACGGUAGUACUGAGGACAUGCGGCAAUCCUUGGCUCGUCGACGGUCGUCGAGCGUGGAUUUGUCGGAUAACGAUCCAACGCCGUCAGCUAUUCACAUUCUGGGAACAAUCGAUGAGGACGGUCUGGGCUUGUCGUCGUGGUGGACAAGCUAA